AUGUCAAGCUUCUUCUGGAAUGUUCGUGGAUUCAACAAAAAUAUUAAGCAAUCUGCGGUACAAGAGUGGGUAAGAAGAAACAAUAUGCAAUUUGGAUGUAUCUUGGAAACUAGGGUGAAGGAGAAAAAGGCUGAGAAUAUUUUGAAAAAAGUGUUUAAAGAUUGGUUCUACUUGACUAAUUAUGAGCACAGUCAAGGUGGGAGGAUUUGGUUUGCUUGGAAGGAUGAGGUUUGUGUGACUCCGGUGCUCAAGACGAAUCAGUUUAUCACUUGUUCUAUUGGAUUACCAAAUCAAGAAGAGUUUUUCUAUACCAGUGUUUAUGCUAGCAACUCGUUGGAGGAGAGAAAGGAGUUGUGGUCUGACCUUUGUCUUCACAAGGAUUCUGUUUUAUUCAAAAAUAAAGCCUGGAUUAUUGUUGGUGACUUUAACGAGAUUUUGGAUGCAACAGAGAGUUCGAGUUUUGAGGAUCAGGGAAGGCUUCCGUGUGGUAUAAGGGAUUUUCAGAAGAUGGUUUUGCACUGUAAUCUUUCAGAUAUGGGUUAUCAAGGACCUUUAUUCACAUGGUGCAAUAAGAGAGAGGAGGGGAUAAUCUGCAAAAAGCUUGAUCGGGUUUUACUCAAUGAUGCUGCUUUACUAAGAUUUCCAAGUGCUUACUCAGUAUUUGAAGCAGGUGGUUGCUCUGACCAUAUGAGGUGUAAAAUUCAGAUUCUUCCUCUUUAUGAGAAGCUGCGCAGACCUUUUAAGUAUGUAAAUGCAAUUGGUAGACUUCCAAGUUUUCUUCCUAUGGAGAUCACUUUGGCCAGACCAAGUAGUACUGCUAUUCAAGAGGAAGCAGAGGCUUAUGAGAGAUGGUUGUAUGUUGCUGAGCUUGAAGAAGAUCAUCUAAAGCAAAGAGCGAAGCUUCACUGGUUGGAGAAAGGUGACCAGAACAACAAGACCUUCCACAAUGCUAUAAGUUCUCGUCAUGCUCAGAAUACCAUUCGUGAGAUUCGGUGUCAUGAUGGCAGUAUUGCUACUUCUCAGUCAGAGAUUAAAGCUGAGGCAGAGAGGUUUUUCUCAGAGUUUCUAAACCAGUCUCCGGAUGAUUAUUUAGGCACUUCUACAGAUGAAUUGCAAGACUUAAUGGAGUUUCGGUGUACAGAGGUUGACUGUCAUAUGCUUGAAGCUGAGGUUUCUGAGGAGGAGAUUAGAAAGGUGUUGUUUGAAAUGCCUUCAAACAAAUCUCCUGGUCCUGAUGGAUACCCAAGUGAGUUCUUUAAAAUUACUUGGCCUAUCCUAGCUCAUGAUUUUACAGUUGCUGUUCAGUCUGUCUUCCGGUUUGGUUUUCUUUCCAAGGGGGUGAAUUCAACAAUUCUUGCUCUGGUCCCCAAGAAAGUAGACUCAAUGGUGAUGAGGGAUUUCCGACCUAUAGCCUGCUGUAAUGUUCUUUAUAAGGUGGUGUCUAAGAUUCUUGCGAACAGGUUGAAGAUGAUUUUGCCUCGAGUGAUUACUGCGAACCAGUCUGCUUUUAUUAAAGGCAGGCUUCUUAUGGAAAAUGUACUUCUUGCUUCGGAACUUGUAAAGGAUUAUCACAAAGAUGGUGUCUCUCCUAGAUGUGUGAUGAAGAUUGAUAUAUCAAAGGCAUUCGACUCAGUACAAUGGAAGUUUGUGCUUCAGAUUCUUGAGGCCUUGGGAGUUCCGGGUAAAUUCAUUCAUUGGAUCAAUCUUUGUAUCUCCACUCCGUCUUUUUCUGUUCAAGUUAACGGAGAACUAGCGGGCUAUUUCCAGAGUGCUAGAGGUUUGAGGCAGGGUUGUUCCCUCUCUCCCUACCUGUUUGUUCUGUGUAUGAAUAUCUUAUCUCAUAAGAUUGAUAAAGGUAUGAGGGAAGGGAAGUUUAAUCUGCAUCCUCGAUGUAAAGCUCUCUCCUUAACCCAUCUUUGCUUCGCUGAUGAUUUAAUGGUUUUUGUGGAGGGCACAAAAAAUUCGAUUGAAGGAGCUUUAGCAGUGUUUGGUGAGUUUGCGAGUUGGUCGGGUCUUAACAUUAGCAUUGAGAAGUCUACUGUCUUUAUGGCGGGAGUAGCAGAAGAGGAGCGUAGUAGAAUUUUGAGGAAUUUUCCUUUUGCUGAGGGUAAGCUUCCUGUUCGUUAUUUGGGUUUGCCUCUAAUGACUAAAGUGAUGUGUAAGCAUGAUUAUAUUCCCCUGAUUGAGAGAGUUAGAGGCAAGAUCAGUUCUUGGACCUGUAGGUUCCUAUCUUAUGCGGGUCGGCUUCAGUUGAUUACUUCGGUGAUUAUGAGCAUUGUGAAUUUUUGGGCUUCAGUUUUUCGUCUCCCAAGUAAGUGUAUCAAAGAAAUUGAGCAACUUUGUGCUUCGUUUCUUUGGACUGGCCCUGCUCUAAAGUCUACAGGUGCGAAGGUAGCUUGGAUUGAUGUUACAAAGCCAAAAUGGGAAGGUGGGUUGGGGUUGAGGUGCUUGAAAGAAGUCAACAAAGUUUAUGGUCUGAAGCUUAUUUGGAGAGUUCUAUCAGGUGAUUCUUUAUGGGGUAAGUGGAUAAAAAGCUAUUUACUCAAGAAGAAGAGUUUUUGGGAAGUAAAUUACAAAGACCAUGUUGGAUCUUGGAUGUGGAGGAAGCUUUUGAAGUUGAGAGAAGUGGCUAAGCAGUUUUAUAUUAAGGAAGUGGGGAAUGGUCGCCAUACAUCUUUUUGGUUUGAUAAGUGGUCUGCAAAAGGGAUGCUGUUUGAUAUUCUUGGAAACAGAGGCAUUAUUAAUAUGGGUGUGCGUAAGGAAGCUACUUUAGAGGAAGCAGUAAUGUGUGUUCGGAGGAGAAGAAAGCACAGAAAUAUUUUGCUCAAUGAGAUUGAAGAAGAGCUACGGUGGAUAAAGGAGAAGCUGUCUUAUAAUGUGGAGGAUAUUGAUAUGUGGAAAGGGAAGUCAGGUUAUAAAAAGAAGUUUUCAACCCAUGAAACUUGGAAUCUGCUUAGAGAAUCAAAUAGCAACUGCGCUUGGGCAAAAGGUGUUUGGUUUUCAAAGGCUACUCCUAAGUAUUCUUUCAUCACGUGGCUUGCUUUGCUAAAUCGGUUGGCUACAAUGGACAGAGUAUCGAAAUGGGCCUUGGGAGCUGACACAACCUGUGUUCUUUGUAAGAAUGCUGUUGAGUCCAGAAACCACUUGUUCUUUGAUUGUGAUUAUUCUGGGCAGCUUUGGAAAUCUCUCACUAUGGGCAUCCUUCUUACGGAUCACUCUAAGAACUGGUCUGUUAUUACUUCUCAAAUUUCGGACAGUUCAAGAGGUGGGAAAAGUGGGUUUUGUAUCAGAUAUUCUUUUCAGGCUGCUGUCUAUGCAAUUUGGAGGGAAAGAAAUAGGGUGAAGCAUGGAGAGAAACCUAUGCCUAUUGCCAUGCUGCAGAAACUGGUUGAUAAAGGAGUAAGGAAUAAGCUUAGUCUGAUGAAAACGGUGAAAGGAGGAGCUAUGGUGGAUGGUCUGGAGUAUUGGUUUAGCACUAGAGUGUAG